CAUGGACAGUGCUUUUUUUUUUUUCCAGGAGGAUGUAUCUCUGCUUCACUUUAAAGACAAUAACAGUUGUUGUAGUCGGUGCGGCCUCUGACAGAGGUUCUUUCAGGUAGAACCACGGAGCCAGAUCCCCACCUGUUUAAAGGCAUCGUAUCUCCUCUAUGUGUUGAAGUUACACCGAUGAACGGGAUGGACGUGGUACACACAGUAUGGAGUUUAUGUAGAGGAAGCACGACUGUAGCCCCUCACACACCCAAGCGAUCUGGGAUUGGAAAGGCCAACUUCUCUCUACUCAUUUUUGGGUCAGGUUUCUCCACCUGCAUCACUGCCCGGCACAGACACAGAUCAUUUUGUUGCAAAAUUUUAAUGCAAAGCAUACAUUGCUUUUUAGCUCUAGAGAUGAGCGAUCAGGAAGUGACUUACUCCACCGUGAGAAUACUUCAGCCGCCUUCACAGUCACAAAAUAGAUUAAGGCCUCGUGGUACUGAAAUCGCUCGCAAGACUGAUGAAAAAGAGUCUUCGGUGUGCUGGCCUCGCAUUGCAGUGAUUCUGGGGAUCUUCUGUCUGUUUUUGCUGAUGGCAAUCAUAGUGUUGGGGACAAAGAUUUUUCAGUAUAUUCAAGAAAAGCAUCACCAGGAGGAAAUUCUACGAAACCUCAGUCAAAAGUACGACAUUCUGCAAAAUGACAGCUACUCAGUUAGGCAACUUCUGACAAAUAUGACUUCAGAAUGUGGCAUUCUUAAAAUGAAACUCGAUAGGAAAACUCUUUGGGCUAACUCUACAGAAAAGAUGGAAUGCUGUAGGAAAAAGGAGAUCUUUUCAAAGUCUUUGCAAAAUACAGGCAAACUCAAGAAAGGUGACUGGUGCUGUUGGGGAAUAAAGUGUUACUACUUUACCAUUGAAACUGAAGACUGGAAGGGAUGUAAACAGAUUUGCCAAAGUUACAGUUCUUCUCUUUUGAAGAUAGACUACGCAGAAGAAAUGACCUUCCUUCAAUCUCAGAUGUCUCAAAAUUCCUACUGGAUUGGAGCAUCAUUUAAUAAAGAGGAAAGUAAAUGGAAAUGGAUUGACGGUGACACAUGUGGAUUUAAUUUGAAAGUAAUGAAUAUUCCUUCUGGGAUAGGACAGUGUGUAUUUUUGACCCGAACAAGAGCACCGUCUAUUGUGUGCUCGGAAAUCUACCAUUGUAUCUGUGAGAAGAGAAUUGAUUGCUUCAAUAAACACUAAGAAGAAAAGGUGAAAUGGAA